UUGAAAUGUGUAAGAAUCAUUUAUACCUACUGAAUAGUACAGUAUUACUUUUAUAGAGCACUCAAAACCCAACUUUAAUGCUAUAAAAUGUUGACAGUGGCAAUCAAAAAGAGAUCCAGAGUCCCUGGGGUCAUGAUUACACAGUUUGUGGAGGAGCUUCCUGUGGGCAUGACCACCCCUGAUUUCACCCUCAAACCCAUCGCUUUGACUAUUCAAGAAGGGAAAUGUGCUGUUUUCAAAGCAAUUGUGUCUGGUAAUCCGACACCAAGUGUGCAUUGGACAAGAAGUAAUGGAGAAGUAACAGAACCAGAGAGAUACAAAAUUGUAUCUGAUCCAGCCACGCCUUAUGAGCACUACAUAGAGAUGCCGGAAGUAUCUCCAGAACAAGCUGAUACCUACAAAUGCUUUGCCACCAAUGAGUAUGGAAAAGCUGUGGUCACCGCUAACCUCAAUGUAAUUGAAAUGGGAUAUAAGAAGGGCAAGGCUAUGAAAGAUGCACGAGCAGAAUCAGACAAAGAUGACAAAAAAGAGGGAGAAAUCGAUCCAAGGUUUUGGGAUGUGUUGAUGAGUGCCGACAAGAAAGACUAUGAGAAAAUCUGUGCUGAGUUUGGAGUCACUAACUUCCGCUGGAUGCUGAAGACACUGAAUGUGAAGAAGGUUGAGAGGGAGGAAGAACAAGCAAAGUAUGUUGAAAAGCUCAGCAAUCUGAAACACAUUGAAGUAAAACCUGGUGGAGGUGCAGAGUUUGAAUUUGAGAUGUCGCUUAAAAACCCCAACGUCAAGAUCUUCCUGUUCAAGAAUGGAGUAAUGGUUCCGUUCAGUGUCGAAACAGAAGAGAAGCAUUUUCUGAAGAAAACGGGAAGAAAAUUUACAUUUGGCAUUAAGGAUCUUGCUGGAGAUGAUGAAGGAUUGUACCAAGUGAUGGUGGAGGGGGUACUUAUCUUCUCAACUGACUUCAAAGUUCCAAAGGUGGAUUUCCUGGUCAAAAUUCAGGAAGUGAAGGCCACGGAGAGAGAGGAUGCCGUGUUUGAAUGUGUCCUGUCAUCACCCAUGUCAAAGAUUCAAUGGACGGGGAGGAAUCAACCGUGUGAACAAGGGGAGAAGUUUGACAUUGAAGUGUCAGAGGACAUGCUCAUUCAUAGCUUGGUUGUGAAGGACUGUGCGAAACUGGAUGGUGGUAUCUAUUCAGUAUGUGCAGGGAUCAAGUCUUGCAAUGCCUUUCUUGUUGUGGAGGUUGAUAAUGAUCCAGCCACCAAGGGUAAAAAGAAAGUCCGCAAAACAACUCGAGCUGGUGGGGGAGAGGUAGACUUGGCUAAAAUAGCGGCAGAGCAGAAAGCUAAGCUGGACAAAGAGAGAGAUGAGAGAAUGGAGUUGGCGAAGCAGAUUAAGGCAGACAUGGACGCUAAGGCAGCAGGAGCGCCCGAACCAGAGCCGGAGAACAAGGACGAGAAGGAAGAGCCUGAGCCUGUGGAAGAGAAGAAGGAAGAGCCUGGAGACAAAGAGAUACCAGUUGAAAAGAAGAAGAAAGAGCCUGGAGAUGAAGAGAUACCAGUUGAAGAGAAGAAGAAAAGAGUGAGAACAGGUCCACUGAUCCCAGACACCAUCAUAGACCCAGGAGUGCACUUUACCAGUGGAUUGUCAGACAUCAGUGUUAAUAUGGGCAACAGAGGUGAACUGGAGUGUAAACUGAGCAGUGAAAACUGUGAAGGAAUCUGGUACAAAGAUGGAGAAGAGAUAGAAGCAUCAGAUGAUAUUGAGAUGAAACAUGAUGGGGCCUUUCACAGGCUUAUACUGAAGAACUGCAAGGAGGAAGAUUCUGGCAAAUACCGAUUUGAAGCUGAUGGACGUAAAACAGAGUCCAUGCUCAUUGUAGAGGAUCCACCCAGAGUAAACCCAGAUGACCUGGCUGAUUUCUCAAAGCCUGUCAUAAUAAAGGUUGGCCAAAGCGCUACCUUCAAGCUGUCUAUUAUGGGUCGUGACCCAAUGAAGAUCUAUUGGUACAACGAAGGUGAGGAGUUGGUGGAGGACAAACACAUCAACAUUGAGAAGUCGCUCACACACAGUCGCCUCCUCCUCAGCAAGUGCCAGCGGAAAGCCACAGGAGAAAUCAAGAUCAAGAUCAAAAAUGAAUGUGGAACCAUUGAGGGCAUAUCCAGGUUGAUUGUGCUGGACAGACCAAGCCCUGCCCUAGGACCUGUGGAGAUCAUUGAAGCUUCUUCGGCUGUACUUGACUUUAAAUGGAGACCUCCCAAAGACAAUGGUGGCUCUCCUGUGAUCAACUACAUCCUGGAACGACAGCAGCUGGGCCGUAACUCCUGGAUGAAGCUGGGUCAGAUCCCUGGAGAGCCCAAAUACAGGGACACCGAUGUAGACCAUGGAAGGAAGUACUGCUACCAUAUCAGGGCUGUGACUGAGCAGGGCAUAAGUGAAAUGAUGGAGACAGAUGACAUCCAGGCCGGUACAAGAGCAUAUCCCGGACAACCUUCCUCACCCAAAGUGAUCAGUGCCUUUGCAAACUGCAUCAAUCUGGAAUGGGUUCCCCCUUCCAACACUGGAGGAACUAAUAUUCUAGGUUACCACCUGGAGAAACGCAAGAAGGGCAGCAAUCUAUGGGGUUCAAUCAACAAUGUGAAAGAGCCAAUCAAAGGUCAAGGGAUUGCAGUGAAAGACGUUAUUGAGGGAAUAGAGUAUGAGUUCCGUGUUGCAGCUAUCAACAUAUCUGGUGCUGGAGAGCCAAGUACCCCCUCUGAAUUUGUUAUUGCAAGAGACCCAAAGAAGCCCCCCGGUCAAAUCAAUGACCUGAAGGUGACAGACUCCACCUACACCACCUUGUCCCUGGGUUGGACUAAACCCAUAGAGGAGGAAGGGGUCCAAGAUGAAGCCAAGGGAUACUUUGUGGAGAUCAGACCAGCAGCAAACCCAGAGUGGGACCGCUGUAACAAUAACCCCAUCAUCAUUACCUCCUAUAACAUUUUGGGUCUUAAGUCAAUGGCCAUGUACUGGGUGAGAGUGAUUGCCACCAAUGACGGGGGAGAAGGGGAGCCCAAAGGCUUGGACAACUACAUCAUUGCAAUGCCCCCCCCAGUGAGACCACAUUUCACUGAUCGCAAAAUGAAGAGCUUCAUGGUUGUGAGAGCCGGGAAUUCUGCUCGAAUCAACAUCAACUUUGUGGCUUCCCCUAUGCCAAACAUAACGUGGCUAAAGGAUGGGAUGCCAGUAUCAAAACUUGUAAACAUUAGCAACUCCGAUAAUACAUCCCAGCUCCUAAUCUCCACAUCUGAGCGUCCCGACACAGGAAUCUACACCAUCAUCGUCAAGAACAUGGUUGGUCAGGAGACCUUCAGUAUCGAAAUCAGAGUCACAGAUGAUCCCAAGCCUCCCGGCCCAGCGGAGUUGGAACAGAAUGUUCCUGGAACAGUGACUGUGACCUGGACUCCCUCCCCAGAUGAGAGGAGGGACGACAGGCUGCACUACAUAGUGUCCAGACGUGACUCCGUCAAGCGAAUGUGGCAAACUGUAGCCGACCACCUCUUCAACAACAAGUUCACAGCCCUCAACAUCAUGGCUGGACGAGAGUACUACUUCCGUGUCUACGCCAAAAAUGACAUGGGUCUCUCUGAGCCUUCUGAGUCGCCAACCUGGGGAGUGACCAAGAAAAAAGGCACGUUAAGAUUGUCAUGUGUCAUUAGCCUCAACUUUGAGUCAGCGCCAUCAUUCUUAGUUCCACUGAAAAUGCACAGCACCCCUGAGCGCUACGAGUGCUACAUGAGCUGUGCUGUCAGAGGGGACCCAACACCUCAUGUCACAUGGUACCGCAACAAUAUCAGCCUCAACACCAACACCAACUAUCUUAUCACCAACACCUGUGGGGUCUGCUCCAUGCUUAUACUGAGGGUUGGAACCAAGGACACUGGAGAGUACAAAGUCAUCGCAGACAAUGCCUUGGGCAGGGCAGAGUGCUCCACCAAACUCACAGUCAACGAGUGAAGUGGUUCCACAGUCCUCCAGUUCUGCUUCGCAAAGACUGUCAGAUUGCCCAGAGCAACCAGAAACACUGCAGAGAGCUGAAAUGGAUGUGUGUUGAUUAUAUCCUUAGAGAGUAGGCAUGUUCUUUAGUCAUCUGGUAAAAGAAGAAGUGCACACACCCUGGUAAUGUUUUGCCAACUGUUACACGGCUUCACAUACCUCUUUUACUGCUAGCAUGCAGUCGUGUUCUUUCGGGGGAUAUUGAGAGUUUAUAAUGGAAGGUAAUAAAUUAGAAGAAUUCAUAGGCAUGACUGAGUUUGACCUUAAGUACAUUUGGUCCUGGGCUGGUUUCAAGUUUCAGGAAGUGUAAACUUUCUACAUGACAAUGCAUGGUUCUGUAGUGAUUAAGCGGACAAUAAUUAUUUUAUAGCAUAACAAUGUAACAGGCUUUGACAUUUACAAGCAUACAAACUGGUGGACAAGAAUAAGUUCACUGUAUUUACACUGUAUUUUACAGUUGUUUUAAAUACAGUAAAUACAGUAAUACAGUAAUACAACAUUAUUAAAAGUUAAGGUGAUUCCUGGAAAUGUAAGUCAAAUUCCUAAUAGUGAAAGCAAGUUAUCCUAACUGUCGGCUAUUUGAGAUUCAGUGUACUGUCAAUCUGAUUUUGAACCUAAUAACUUAAAAUAAUUUUGCCUGCAUUGAAGUAAGUAGCAACAACUGAUUAUAGGCUUCCUCCCUUUCCUUUAUUUGUUUGGUAAAAAUAUGUAAACAAUUGGAUGGAAAAAGCAAUGGACAGGAAAUGUGGGGUGUGAGUUGAUGCAGAAUUGUUUUGUGAAGGAAUACUUAUUAGCCCUUGACCCUGUGUGGCCCCUGAAGUAAAUGCCUUCUGGAAUGUCAACCUUCUCAGCUCAGCUUCCCAUGCCUGUGUCCGGCCAACCUUCAUGUGUCAAACACCAACUUUUAUUUUGUCGUCAAUCGUACAUGGACCCAGCAUAACUGUGUCAUUGCUAAGAAUACAAUAAAGACACAAGAAUGACUCCUAGUGGUUUUAAG